CGUUACCUCUAUACUAGAAGGUAUCUGCCUCCCUUUACCCCCACGCACCGUGUGAAACAUGGCUUGGCCGCAGUGGCGGCUAUGAUCCUUUUGGGGUUUCCGUGUUGUAGAUCUAUGCUGUGGAAACUGCAUCAUUAUUAAUUCAAUGCAUGGCGUAAUUGAGCGGCAGGUUUCCUGAUUAUGAAUGCGUCACGCCGGUGACCUCAGUCUUGGUACCUAUGCGGUUGACGUCGGAUUAUAACGCCGCCCCAAGAAUGAGAGGGGCAUCGAGGGCCAAUCCAAUAGCGGGGCUGUUAGAGAUACCGAAUUAGGCGCUCCGAUGGAGCGGAGAUUGAUAAUAAAAGGGUACGGCUUCGCAACUAAAAUCAGGGCUAUGUUAAAGAAGCACUUGACUUGAAGUUUCUUCGUUUUCUUUCCUGUCGCUAUUGAAAAAAGAAUUUUUGCAUUAAUAAUCAAUACGUAUCUCUUAUCCUAACUGACAUCUGGAGUUCGAAUUUUCGGAAAAUAUGGAUCGCGUAGGAGUGGCAAUCAUUGGUGGGGGGAUUUUCGUCAAGGAGCAGCAUAUACCUGCUGCUCUGGCAUCUCCCCUCCUAGAUAUCAAGGCAAUCUGGUCUCGGUCCCGUAAGACCGCGGAAGAUGCCGCGAAGGAAAUCCCUAGCAAGGCUGCUUCUUCUGUGGAUUUGUACUCGACUGAUUCGGGAGAGGGCAAAGCUUACGAGGACAUCCUCAAACGCGAGGACAUAUCUGGAGUAAUCCUUGCCCUGCCAAUCGUAGAUCAACCCUCGUAUAUCGAGAAGGCAUUGGCUGCAGGAAAGCAUGUGCUUGCAGAAAAGCCGAUCGCUAAGGAUGUCGCUACUGCGGUUAAGCUUAUCGAAUACUACAAGAAGGUCUCGGCCGAGACUAACGCGUCAUUCGCCAUUGCGGAGAACUUCCGUUUUCUCCAAGGUUGGGCUUAUGGCGCCGAGCAGAUCAAGAAGCUUGGCAAGGUGACAGGCUUCGUUGUAAGGCUGAACUCGAUGAUGGCGAAGGAGAACAAAUACUACAACACUCCCUGGCGCACAGUGCCUGAAUACCAGGGUGGAUUCCUCCUUGAUGGGGGUGUGCACUUCACAGCCGCCCUCAGAAAACUGCUAGGGCCUGAAAAUGCGGUCGAAAGUCUAGUAGCCAAUACCGCGUUGGUAUCUAGCCACUUGCCUCCGGUGGACUCUAUCAACGCUGUGCUGAAGACAAAGUCUGGUGUGGUGGGCUCGUAUAUCACAUCUGUGGGGACGACAAUGGACGCUUUCGAGUUCCACGUCGCGACUGAACAAGGUGUUGUGAAGGCGGAAGGAGCUAAAGUAGUGACGACCCGAGGGAUUGGUAAAGAUGCGAUAAUAGAGGAAAAGGUUUUCGAGAGGAGUAGCGGAGUCAAGGAAGAAGUGCACGCUUGGGCAGAGUCUAUCUUGUCGGGAAUACCAAACCCGAACCAGACACCUGAACUAGCCCUUGGAGACCUGGAGCUAAUGGAGAAGAUGCUGACGAGUGGUGAUCAGGAUGGGGCGCGCCAGAAGUUGGUGUAUCAGCAUUUCGUAUAGCGGCUGCUGCUAUAAUUUACUAGAGGUUGGCCCCACAAGUAGCUUCUCGAGUCCUUGUCGUAAUUGAUUAUUCAUACCAUUAGUAGUAUUCGGCCGUUGAGUGGCGCGAUCCACAAAGACGUGAACAAAUUCGCCGACGGCCUUGACCUGAUCAACGUCUUUCUCGAACAAUGCGACUUCAUAGACGACGCUGGAUUUCCCUAACUUAUUGACGCGCAAGCAGAGCUCGGCUACUUUAGGGUAUGAGAUGGGUGAAAAGUAGUCGCAAUGUGUUUGAGCUAUUAGAGGAUGUUGAACUGAUGUAGGUGGGUGAAGAGCACAGUAAUCGAUUAAAUAAGAAUUAAUCACAGAAUCAAAACUGGUUUAUCUCUAAAGUUAGGUAGGAAUAUGUGAAGGAUUGCUGAUCUUACGGACAGGAAGUUAUAGACUGAAUUAUUCAUAUGAUCAUACAUGUCGUUAUCGUUCCAUCUUGUCCUAUACUCAAGUACGAAACGGUAGUCCUUUCGACUUCUAGUCUUUAAUUCCUUGCCUACAGCCAUGGCUGAAGAUAAUUAAGUGGAAAUAAAAGACUGUGUGACUAAUGUAGCCAAUGUGAGCGAACGAUGGAUGUAGAGAUAA